AUGCAUACGAGAACACUCAUAAUAGCGACUUUGCUGCCGCGAUGGCAAUUGACUCUCGCUGCAUCUACAUGGCCUGCACACACUGAUGAGUUGGAAGACAUACUCUUUCUCAACACAGGCUAUCGGUCUACAGGUUUUGCGACUGCCGUCACGCCAUGCUCCAAAGGACUCCAACCAAGGAGAGUCACGGCAGCUGAAUGGCUCCGAACCGCGUUCCACGACUCCAUCAGUGGUAACAUAUACACUGGCGAAGGUGGGCUGGACGGAUCGAUUGCAUGGGAGCUCGACACUCAAGAGAACGAAGGAAAUUUUGCCGAAGAUUCAGUAGCCGCCUGGGCGCCUUUCGUAUCCGAUUUGACAUCCCUGUCAGAUGUAAUCACUGCUGCGACAUACGCAUUGACACGCUCCUGCAGCAACAUCAGCGUCGCUGUUCGUGGUGGCCGCGUCGAUGCAACUGAAGCUGGUCCACUUGGAGCUGUGCCUCAACCACAAAAUGCUAUUGGCAUCUUCCGGAAUCAGUUUGCACGGAUGGGUCUGGAUGACAAAGGCAUGAUUCAGUUUGUUGCCUGCGGUCACUCUAUCGGUGGCGUCCAUGGUGCAGACCAUCCCGAAAUCACCAAUCAAGAUCUCGCGAAUUUCGACACGACGCCUGCAAUUCUAGACAAUCAGAUCGCAACGGAAUACGUCUCUAAUACGACGCUCGACCCGCUAAUAGUCGGCCCAUCCACAAGGAAUGCGAGGAAUUCCGACUUCAAAGUCUUCAACGCAGACAGAAAUGCUACAGUCAGGUCCCUGGCCACGGAUCCCCAGCUCUUCGCAAGCGCCUGCCAGUCAAUCUUCCAGAGGAUGAUCGAUUUGGUCCCAGCCGGCACGCAGCUUUCGGACCCCAUCACGCCAUACGACGUCAAGCCAUAUGCUUUGCAGCUUGUGCUGCUCGAUGGCGGUUCAAGCCUAAGGCUCACCGGUGACAUCCGGGUCCGCACGACCCAACGUGGUGUCUCGCAGGUACAGCUUGUAUAUACCGACCGCAACGGUGUACUAGCGGAGACGUCUAUCAGCACCACGUUCAAGGGUCUCGCCGCAGGUUUCGACGACACCUUCUCCUUCUACGGCUUCUCCGCCGACCUCCCAGUGGAGACCUCCAUCUCGUCGUUCAAAGUAUCCGUCACAUAUACCGACGGCACGCAAACCGCCUUCGACAACAAUGGGUCCGGCUUCCCGGUCCAAGAUACCGUCAUCUACCUCGCCCCGCAGAGCUGCUUAGACUCCUCAGGGAAGCUGACAGUCGUCGCUGCGGUGCGUAACCAGGGCGCACCCAACUUGCAGGUCUUGGUCAAGAUGCCGCAGGCGUCGCCGAAUCCUGUGCCGUCCAUCUCAACGACGCUAGUGCCCAUGGCGAUGCAGUCUGCUGUGGGUGCGUACCAGCUCUAUUCGGCUGAUUUGGCGUUCCCGCCUUCGGUGGCGAAUCCUCCCAUCUUCGGGGUAUUUGCGGGGAGUGCGACAGAUGCGAGGAAGGGCGUGAGUGGGUUGCCUACUGGUUGCACGACGCUGGCGACGGCGAGCUCGGCAUCGGCAAGUUCUGGUAGUAUCAGCUCUUCCGCUCCAAUCGUCACGACCACGACGAGUCUACUCAGCACUGCCAUCAGCUCGUCCAGCAGCAUCAGCCUCUCAAUCUCUUCCACAACCUCCGCAUCUCCAACACCCACGUCAACAACAACCUUCUCCUUUCAAGGCUGCUACUUCGACUCCCUCAACCCGCGCGCCCUCUCUGGCCACUCCGUCGCUGACGACAACAUGGCCGUCGACCUGUGCGCAGCAACCUGCAGCCAGUACCACUUCUUCGGCCUUGAAUACGCACGUGAGUGCUACUGCGGCAACGUCCUCGAUGCGACCAGCUCCCAGCAGUCCCUCACAGACUGCAAUAUGCUCUGCGCCGGCAGCUCAUCGCAGCUAUGCGGCGGGCCCUACCGCAUCAGCCUCUACGCCAACGACAAGUACGCCGUGCCCGUGAACCCUGUGGUCGCUGGGUACGAGUACAAAGGGUGCUACAGCGAGGGCAACACGUCGCGCGCGCUGCUGGGCUAUAGCUAUAGUGCAGCGAACAUGAGCGUCGAGUACUGCGCGCAGCUGUGCGACGGCGCGACGUACUUUGGCGUCGAGUACGGCUCGGAGUGCUACUGCGGCGCAACGCUCCAGUCCUCCAGCGUCCCGCAACCUGAAAGCGACUGCAGCAUGCUCUGCGCCGGUAACUCUAGCACCUACUGUGGUGGCCCGGCCCGCCUCAGCCUCUACCUCAACACCACGUCCCCCCGUCUGCCCGUUGUCAACCCCGCCAUAUCCAAUUACACCUACGCAGGCUGCUUCACAGAUAGCGUGGAGGCGCGCGUGCUGACUGAUGUGUAUGUCGCGAAUACGAGGAUGGCGGUCGAGAAAUGCGCGGCAGCGUGUGAGAGGUAUGUGUGGUUUGGGACCGAGUACGGCGCGGAAUGUUAUUGUGGGGGAGCGCUGAAAAAUAGCACAAGGGUUGGGGAGGGUGAAUGUGGGAUGACAUGCGGGGGUAACCAAGGGGAGUUUUGUGGCGGCAGGAAUAGACUAUCUUUGUACCGGAGGGAUGCGUAGAGGAAAUGAGGGGAAGCAUGGAGCGUAAUGCGACGGGAGGAUCCAGAUUGGCGGCGGUGCGCAGUUAGACAUCAUGGUACGUCUUGGGAGACCUGUGUGAGCGAAGUCCUGGAGCCUUGACGUCUGGCCAGACCACGCGUAGCCAGAACACGUUCAGAUCUGCACCGCACCCUUCGAGAGAGCUGGUCAAGCAGAAAGCUUAACCCCUUGUGUAUACUUACUUCGACGGCGAUGGCAAUUUGAAUCUGUCAAUCGUGGCCGUGGUGGCGUUCGUUGGUCGACUACAGUUGGUGUACUUUCUGAUCCACACUGCACCGACGGCUCGGCCCCGUUGUAUGGAUUGCGUUGACAGCGAUUGAGAUACAGAACUGUUCUUCUUGGUCGCGGUGUCUUUUCGGGACCACUUGACGAAUCCUCCAAGUCUGC